AGCACAUGUACACAAACAUCACAAUUUUACCUAUCACACGUUACAUUUUAGCAUACUAUUGAAUGCACACUUAUGUUUAAAAUAAAUGGCUUAAAAUGUAAUACAAAAUAUCCAAAAGCACAUUGAGAAGCUUUAGAAACAGCAUUUGAUGUUCAAAAUGCGUUUAAAAAAUUGGUAAAAUGCGACUAUUGAUAUUUUUAUUGGUCUCUUAUUGCCAUCAAAUUGUUAAAAAUGGCCGCCUUAAAUCCAGCUUUGCGGUCCAAAAAUUCCAACCAGUUUUGGAAGUCAACUUAUCAUCGUGAUUACCAGAUAACUCCAAGUGAAAGAAAGGAACCGAUUAUUCCAAGAUUCCGAGACGUGGAACCAGUGUUAAUGGCACGACCGUUCAUUCUCAAAACUGGAACACCCGCUGGAAAACCUUCUGGAAGGUUUGAGGACUCUAACUGGACUUCAAUGUACAGACAGAGUUUCAAAUCACACCAUAAAAACAGAUACGAAGUAGAUCGCCCUUUUGCGAUGACCAGUCGCGAUCCAGUUCGGCCGAUUUACUUGCCACCAAUUCAACCAUAUAUGGCAACUGGUUACGACUCGCUAGCCUAUCAGAAUCAAGUUCCGUUUUAUUACGCAACAGGAACACUCGGAUCUCAAACGGACAGACCAUUUUAUUACGCAACAACUUACGAUCCGACUUAUCUGACUCCGAGAAUGGAACCGAAAAAGGACAAGUUUUGGAGUUCGACUUACAAAGACAGUUUCAGAGGCUACGAUGAUGACGAUGCAAUGCAGCCAUACUUGUAUUACCAACCUUUGAGGUACGACGUGCCCUACUACCAGUAUCCAGAACCCCCUCCUCCUCAAAGAAGGAUACUGGACGGGACUGAGAAUAGGGAGUUUGGGGGAGGGGGGAGGGGCGCGGAGACUAGAGACUACAUGGGGGGUCUGGAAAUUGUCGAGGAGCCCCCGAGUCAGUACACAAUUCCGAUUGCACCUCAGAUAGUGGAUCCCUUGAGCCAGCCCAGACUACCAAUGAAACUGUCUCAGCCUCUCUUCUUCGACGGGACAUUUGACCCGAAGAGCAAAUCAUUCCUCCUGCUCGAGAAAUUCAACGGAGGAGAGAUAAAGUGGCUUCGGCCUAAUGAGCUGUCUGUCACCCCGUCGAUCUACUCGAAGCAUUUCAUCACCAGUGACUUCAAACAGGGCUUCCUCAAAGACACUUGGCUGCUGAUGGCAUGUGCAGCCAUAUCCAGAUACCCUAACCUACUCAAAGUAGUCCUUCCUCCGGACCAGGUUCUAAAAGGAAGCGCACAUUCUGGUAAAAUUGUAGUCAACUUCUAUCUGUUUGGCUCUUGGAAGACAAUUUCAAUCGAUGACAGAUUACCCUGCUAUGGAAACGAUUUGGCCUAUGCCAGGUGUGACAACCCGGAUGAGUUUUGGGUGUCUUUGAUUGAGAAGGCGUAUGCCAAAGUGUUCGGAAGUUACGAGGCCUUGGAACUCGGUCAUCAGAGAGACGCGUUAACAGACUUGACCGGAGGAAUCUGCGAGUUUUAUAAUCUAGGUGAGAUAAUGAGUCAUCGAAUUGAUCUGGAACAUGCACUCUAUAUGGGGUCCCAGUGUCAUGCAAUGAUGACAUGCAGCCGGAACCCACUGGACAAAAACCAGGAGCAAGAAUACAGAACUGGCUUGAUAUCUGGACACGGAUAUGAAGUGACUGGCGUGUUCCUCGUGCCCUGGGAGAGAGGGGGAGAGGAGAUGGUGAUUAGAAUACAGAGUCCCUGGGACUACAGCAAGGCAUGGACGGGCUCAUGGUCCGACUUGGAUCCAAGAUGGCGCACAUUCACUUCCGAGUUCAAGGAUUUUGUGGGAUUCAAUGCCAAACCCUCUGGAGAAUUCUUCAUUUCAUACCAAGACUUUCUCAAACAGUUCCACCACGUUUCCAUCUGUCACCUGGAGACGCCACUCUACCCUGGACAGCCACGUACCAAUCUUGGUUUCUUCUCCUCUCACCACGGGGAGUGGACUACGGACAUCAAUGCGGGGGGAUCCCCCAACUACUCAACAAGCUACCACACAAACCCACAAUUCCACAUCACUCUGGAUCCAGCUAAGGUUCCUGACGAUCUUUACCGUGACGACAAAGUGCUGCUCAUAGUCGCUCUAAUGCUACCCGAUAACCGAGGCAGAAAUAGACCCAUGCCAUAUGUCGCGUUCUCCAUCUACGAAGUUAAAUCCGACACCAUUUACUUACCACUGACACGUGAACACCUCUCAGUCAACCUACCGAUAGCGUCCAGCGGGAAGUUCCAGUCCAAAAAAGAAAUAGUCCAGAGAUUCCGGGUGCCUCCGGGAGAAUUAGUCAUCAUUCCGUCCACUUACUACCCAGAAAAAGAAUCUGCUUACCUGUUGCGACUGUUCUCCAAUGCAAAAAUGACUGUACAAAGUUUCUCAGCUGCCUAAUUUAAAAUGUUAGACUAAUUAAAAAGCUUUAA